GUGCAAGAUCUGACAUGACGCAGCCGCCGCCUGCCCCGACCGCUGCCCUUCUCGAUGACCCGGAGGAGCUGUCGAAGUACCUCAAGACAAAGAUCCGCACGAUUCCUGAUUUUCCACGACCUGGCUCGGACUUUUGGGAUGUCUCCACAUUGCUUCUGGACUACGAAGCAUUUCAAGUCACGAUUGACACGUUUGCGAAGCGGUAUAAAGAUCAACGCAUCACCCACAUCGUCAGCGUCGAAUCCCGCGGCUUUAUGUUUGGUGCACCCGUCGCACUUGCCUUGAAAUGUGCAUUUGUGCCUGUUCGACGUGCGCGGAAGUUGCCCGGACAUACGAUUGGUAUCGACUACACGUCAGGGUACUACCACGGCCGGUAUGAAGUUCACGACGACGCUAUUCCUCGCGGCAGUCGCGUCGUUGUGAUUGACGACUUGGUGGCAACGGUACUGCCUCAUUCCCUUACGCGUUGCGCUCCCACGUCCGUGAUCGCAUAGGGGAACACGCUGCUUGUAACAUGCCAACUCAUGAAGGAAUUGGGCGCUGAAGUCGUCGAGUGCGGCUGUGUUGUGUCGUCUGUCACGAAAGUCCACCGCAACUCGGACUCGACGCAAAUUCACUUCCACCAGCCCGUGCACAAAGUCAAGUUGGACUGCCCAAACGUGUUCAGCCUUACGUCGUACGAACUCUAGUUCACGGCGGGAUGCACCAUUAUGUUCCAAUGCAACGUACCCUCCACCGCGCGCAGGAGUGCAUGAAAACUGCGUGAUGGGCGCCGUCCCGACGUCAGCGCAUUCACUGAUCGACGGCGCGCCGUCGUGUCGCCUUCAUCACGAGGGAUUUCCAGUGCGCCGACCGUCGUCCGACGCGUCACAGGAGGGCUAGGUCCCGUUACGGGUCGCUUCUCCCAGAAGUCGUGUGUUCAAUGGAUGUAGAUGCUAGUGCUGGCGCUCCUGGUUGCGCAUUCUGGAGAGCUGGAGGAUAUCUCUUGUCCGCGCCAUUGUGCACAUGAAAUGGAGGCCCUUCGUAUAGCAAUGCAUCGAGUUCUUCCGCGUG